AUGGCGGAUAACCGGGCGAAACUUUUCAAAACACUGGGUGUGAGAUACCUUUCCGACGGGCAGCCAAUCUAUACCACGGAUAAUAAAACAAGAUUACAACUGGAGAGAGAGAGCCAAGAGCUAUGGAAAAGAGUUCGUCAUCUCCAGAACCUGCUUGACCAUCUACCUCCCAAUGAUUCACGUAUCGUCGAGCCAAUCUCAAACGAAGAGUUUAUGAAAAUAGAAGAUUAUAUACAUAGGGCGGCGGUUCGAGUACAUCCCACUGUCGACGGGCCUCAGUUUUCAGAGGCAUAUAAAUUUAUCGAGGAGAAUAUCAUCAAACUGGCCGAUGAUUGGAUAGCCCCCUAUAAGAAUGACCCACAACAUGGAGAAGAUGUUGCGAACGCGGCGCUCAAGGAUGGUACGGCUUCUGGGGUGGUCACAUGGUUGCUCAAGUUCCCGGAUAUCGCCAAACUCACUCGAUACGACACGCAGGGCACCCUGGUGAUUCGAGCAAUAAUAGCGCGAUGGCUAUACCUCGAAAUCUUCUCGAAGGGCCUAUCAGGGACCUUCCCCCACUUUGAGGCGCUGAUCGAUGACGAAUUUCUAAAGAGGACCAGUAACCCAAAGCGAUCCAUCCUCGAGCAGAGACGAUGGUUUCAACUGACGUAUGCUAGUAUGAUAGCCCAUCCAUAUUAUCCGCGAGCGCGCGAGAUUAGAACGGAACAGUUAGCAAAUGAGCUUCAGCAGCUCUUUACCUUCUUGGACCCCCAAGAUUUAAAAUACGAGCACGUGCUCACGAAUAUCAUCACGCCGGCGAUGCGCCUCCAGGAGCAAGCGGCCCUCACGAUACAGCAGCACAGCUUCAACUUCUACCACCUUCCCACCGACCCCGCAGAGGAAUUCCUCCAGCAAUUCGCAGGUUUGGCAAGCAAGGUGCUCGUGUGCGAGGACAUUACCCGCGCUUCCAGGACCAUCGAGUUCGGCGAGGAAAACCAAGAGGAGUUGGCCAAAAACGUCCUGCCGAUUUGCAGUCUGGGCCCUGUUAUCACGUACAAAGACCCGGAAAAGGCGCCUACGCAGACCACCCUGACGCUUCGCGCGUUGACCUUGUGUGUUGAUGAGGCCGACACGAGAAACGCCGAGUUUUUGCAAACAACUAGGCCCGGCAUUUUCUACCACCUGCUCACACCGUUUCCGAGGCAUAAGGCGGCUAGUAACAUCUAGGGAUCGGGAGCGCGAUGGCUAUCUUCAAGUCCAAGCGGGAUAUUCUUGUAUCUGAGUUAAUAGUGUAACAAUAAUGAACUUCAUGUAGCUUGUAUAGGCCAUAUGGCGAAUGCUUGGCGAAACGGA